AUGGCAGGGGGCAUGGGGGGGGCAUGGCGGGGGGCAUGGGAGGGGGGCGUGGGGGACAGGGGAGGGGGGCGUGGGGGACAGGGGAGGGGGGCGUGGGGGGAGGAUGUGGGGCCGGCAGAUGGACGCAGGGGAGGCAUGGGGACAGGAAGGGGGGGGCGUGGGGGAAGGGGGGGCGUGGGGGAAGGGGGGCCGUGGGGGAAGGGGGGGCGUGGGGGAAGGGGGGGCGUGGGGGAAGGGGGGGCCGUGGGGGAAGGGGGGGCCGUGGGGGAAGGGGGGGCCGUGGGGGAAGGGGGGGCCGUGGGGGAAGGGGGGGCCGUGGGGGAAGGGGGGGCCGUGGGGGAAGGGGGGGGCCGUGGGGGAAGGGGGGGCCGUGGGCAGAGGAGCUUGGAGGCAGGGGGGAAUAGGAGCAUGAAGAGGGAGUGGGGCGGAGGGAAGAUGUGUACAGUGCAGUUAUCGUCGCAGGGAGUUGCCAAGAUGGGAGGCACUUGUGCACCACUCGCUGCUGCCCCCACGUGCUCCCCUCGUCGCCCGCCCUCGCCUGUGCCCCCCUCGUCCAGCGCCACGCCUUCGUCCCUGCCGGGCUCGGCCGCCACGGCUCCAAGCGCGCCACUCAACAGUCCCGUGCGUGCCCCCCCUGGCCCCCGCCCGCUCCCCCAGUCCUGGCCGUGCUGCGCCCCCCCACCACCUGCUCCACUCGCCUCACACGCAGCGCCAGCACUGCUCAGUGCUGCGUGCGGGUGCCAUGCUCCGUCACAGGCUGGCGCUGCUGCCGGGUGUGGUGGUGGCGGGUGGGGGGUGGCAGGGGAGGCAAGCGAGGGCAGAGCCAUGCGGCAGAAGGUGAAGGCGCCCGUGUGGAUGGUGAACAGCGGUGACGGGGGCGCUGCAACGCUGCUGCUGCUGCUGCUCGCAGAGGUGACACUCUCCACCGCCCAGCACCGCACCACACCGUCCCGGCCCUGCCUGCCUGGUCACAGAGGAAGGCGUGCAGUGAAGGCAGAGAGAGGGGAAGGGAGGAGAGGAGCUGUGAGGGCGAGUAGGUGUGGAGGAGAGGAGGAGGGGUGUGCUGUCGGGCGCACCCUGGUGCCCUCGUCCCCCCCCCCACCUGUGGCGUGCCACGGGUCGGUGCGUGGCGAGGCUCCACGCCCUCACGUCGCCCUCCAUGUCGCUGCCGCCCUCCCCGUUGCACCGCGCACGGUCGGGGGGAGUGCGGACGGCGGGGGUGAAGAGGGAGCGGAGAUGAGUGGGAGGGGAGAGAAAGGGAGUGAGAGGGGAGUAUGGGGGGAAUUGGGGGGCGAGUGGGGGGCGAGUGGGGGGCGAGUGGGGGGCGAGUGGGGGGCGAGUGGGGGGCGAGUGGGGGGCGAGUGGUGGGCGAGUGGUGGGGGAGUGGGGGGCGAGUGGGGGGCGAGUGGGGGGCGAGUGGGGGGCGAGUGGGGGGCGAGUGGGGGGCGAGUGGGGGGCGAGUGGGGGGCGAGUGGGGGGCGAGUGGGGGGCGAGUGGGGGGCGAGUGGGGGGCGAGGGGCGCACCCGGAGAGGAGGAGACCGGACGCGGCGUGGUGGCAGAGAGCCGUCACCUCCGCGCGAUGCCCGCGCAGAUGCGCCUCCGCCGCCCACCGCCGCUUCCACGAUGGCUUGGCGGGCAACGCCAUUGGCGGAGCGGAUGGGCUCGGCGGCCGCGCGAAGCUGCGCGCGUGUUGCCGCCCGGACGAUGGCGGUUUGUCGCUAUCGGUCCGGCCGAUCGCGAUGGCGUGGCCUCUCUGCAGUUAUCGGCGACGUUAA